CUGAACUGAGAUGCAGAAUCCUGUCAAGAAGUCGCAUACAUGAUUACUCGGAAGCCUUUGAGACAGCAUAUAUGUCUCCGGUGUCAACGAACCUUAGCAAAGCGCUCUUUGCGCCCUCAACCUUCGGCUCUGUCCCAGACAAUCCCACAACGAUGCCGGUACUCUCAGCAAGCUGCUCCCAAAUCCGACGACGAAAUUGGCCUCGAUGACAACGAUACAGAUGUCGAUAAGGUGGAGGGUGGGGAAUACGAUACACGACGAUUAUUGGGAAAAUUACGUGGUCAUCGAGGACUAUUCCAGCGAGAAGAUUUGGAAGAGCUCAGAGGUGCAACGGCUCUGGGCGACAAAGCAAAAGUAAUCAUCUUACGGGAUUCCAUAUUUCGCAAAUAUGUGCUCCAGCAACAGAAGAUGAAGGUCAUGAAACCGAAGCAUAUCGAUAUUCUUGGUACACUGGCAGAAGAGAAAGGCUUGGUAGGAGCAGAUGAGGUGACCAAGAACAUCGAAGCCUUCAGACCUCCAGAGGGAGAAGGCAUCCGGGACUUUGCACAACUAAAUGAACUUGUUUCUAUCCUUGAUAAAGGCUUCACGACAUCCCAAUUGGAGAAUUAUAUGAAGAGUUUUAAAAACAAACGGGAACGGGAAAAGCCAAUUGAGCCUUGGAAGGCAAACGACACUCAUGCCCCUAUUACUCAAAUCACUCCUUGGUUACCAGGCAUUUCGGAUAUUGAACACUACUUUGACAGCGAUCCUCUUCGAGAAUACUACCGAAGUUCCCACACGCCCAAACAAGUGCUUGCUCUUCGCCUUUUGCGCGAGUGCUGGAUGGUUGAACUCCCUGACCUUGUCGAUGGCAUUGGCCAGUUUGAAAUAAAACUUCGCAGUGGCGACAUCGACCUCCUGCUUAUGGGCCAGUAUUCUGUUCUUGAUUCUAUACGUAACACUCAUCUGCUUUUUGAAGAGGAAAGAUUUGACGUGUUCCGUUCAAGAAGUGCCAUUCGUGUCACAACUACGAAUGCUAAGAAAUAUGCCAUUAUCGAAGCUAUCCAGGAGUCAGUCAAGGGUAUUCGUAGGGGAGUGAUCAAUCUAGCAGCUCUCUUAACUAAGAAGCUCAGUGGACGACAAGUGGACAAGUUCAUGGACACAUAUCUAGACGACACAGCAUUAACUUGUUUGGGUGAGAUUACAAGCACCAAGAUUGUCAGAAGUUCAGGGAAACUUUUGCAAGUUUCUUGCAUUGAAAACAACCCUACGGCAACAAGCUCGAGAGUCGAUGUCGUUCGACGACUGAUUUUGACUUGCAGCAACUUCUCUAGCAGACUGGAGCAUGAUCUUGCGAUCCGGCAGAAACAAUCGGCUUCCGGCGCUCUGAUUGACUAUUCUUUUACAGGAGGUCUAAAUUGGCGACAACGGAUGCGAGAUUGGACGCGAUUCGUUGCCCCCUUGUCGAAAGAGCCAGCCUACACAGCGCAGACUAUCUCCGAGCCUACAUUAUCAUCACUUCCCACUACUCGAUCUUCGGAUACGGAAACCCCAACACCAGCCCAGGAUAGUGAACAGCGGGAUAGCCCUCUACACUGGAGCAAACGUUACUUCACCGAAACUUCAGCUCUGAUGGGCACUGUGUUACACAGCAAGCCAAACAAGAUUGAUAUCGGACCCAAAUCAACUCCGAUGAAUACACCUGGACUCGUACAUGCCUUUUCCACCAAGGUCCCAAACCUCUCCCGCGUCCUCAGCAAGGCCGGUGCACCCCUAAAAAGCAAGACAAUCGAUCGACUCGUCCUUCGCUUCCAGCCUAAUCCUUUCUUCCUUGUAGUCAAGCGGGAUCGGCAUUCAAAGUAUCCAAGCUUCAAGAAAUCCAUGCCAAUCGGUGUCGAAGCUCUCUCAGCAUUUCCCAGCCUAGAAAUGACUUUCAGCAUCGAUGGCAAUAAAAAUACAAAGCUUGAAGGUGUUAACGCCAUCAUGCACGAAAAGAAGACUGAUGUGAUGUUACCUGAUAGCGCCGUCGACAUCCGUUUCCAGCAGAGGAUAACGAGUCGAUUGACCAGGAAGUUCUUGAAACCAAUCAAGAACUUUUUAGCAGAGAGUCAACUGAGUCUUGCCUCCAAAGGGAAGUUGGACACACCACCUACGAUUACACUUCCAAUCUCGGCCCAUUUGUGCCAGGGCGAAGGAUUCAAGCUCCUUGGAUUGAAAGAAACAGAUAAGCAUUUAGAGGAUAGAGAAGUGCAGUACCUCUUCGCUGGUCUUGAGGUUCAUAGCACUCUUGUCUUUGAUUGGAAAGAUUUCCGAGUAUGUUACACCUCCAUCGAGGCUGGUAAAGCCGGUGGCAGACGAGCUGAACUCAAGCUUCGCCCGGUAAGAGGAGGUGCGGUGGUUUCGGAAGAGGACUUCGUGGCCGCAGCAUAUCGAUUGGCUGAUAUGUUAGGAGAUGGUAGUGGCGAACUUGUUGAUCUGGAAGACGUCAGAACCGUGACGACUACGGAGCCCAAAGGUGGAUUGAUGAGGUCAGUCCCUGCUAAGCCUAAGUUGCUGUUCAGUUACUUCUCAGGAAAGUUCAAAAUCAACAAGGGCCUAGGUGCAGAUACAUUCAAUUGGGAGAAGAGUGAACAAGUGAUGGAGGAAGAAGAUGAGGGCGCGAGCGACGAAGAUAGCGCCGAGAUCUCUGACAACGAAGAUUUAGAUGGGGCUGCGGAUGUCGAGAAUGAAUUGCAAGGUGAAUUCAUGCAAAAGCAGCAUAACAGAUGGAUGGAGAGCGAUAAGUCCGAAUAAGGCUUGUGAUGAUUAUACUGUAGCAACAUUUCCUUGUAUUAUAUAGUGGAGUUGACUGGGCAUAGGCGGUGCAUAGCAUUUUGGUGUAGAUAUGACUGUGGAUUUGUGUACAGGAAAUGUACAGUACUGGUCACAAUAAAACUGAUCCUCCC